AUGUUGGAGAAGGUUGGUCCUAAGCCUAUACUUGUGAGGGAGGAGGUACAAAAUGAAGAAGUUAAGGAGGAGGUGGAGUUGGGUGAAGAUGAGACGAAAGAUAUUGCAAGAGGAGAAGAGGAUUUAUUGAAGUCCAAGGAACCGAAGAGGAAAAAUCCCCUAGAGGAGCCCACACCAAUACCUUUUCCAUCGGUGGUCAAGAAAGCUAAGAAGCAUGAGGAACUUGAUUCUAAGGUGGUACAAAUUUUUAAGAAUGUGGAGGUCACUGUUUCCCUUUUUCAAGCCAUCCAACAAAUUCCGAAAUAUGCCAAAUUUCUCAAGGAUAUUUGUACUCACAAAGAGAAAAUUGCCGAGCUAGGGAAGAGUCUGGUGAGCAAUUCUAUCUCUUUUCUCAUUCCAAAAAAGUAUAGUGAUCCCGGUCCUUGUUUGGUAACUUGUGUGAUUGGGAUAAUGAAAUUCAUGGAUUGUAUGUGUGACUUGGGAGCAUGUGUGAGUAUUAUGCCACUUUUCAUUUAUGAAAAGUUGAACUUUGCACCAUUGAGGCAGUUCGGAGCUAGAUUCGUGUUGGCGGAUAAGAGCAUAGUGUCGGUUGUGGGUAUUGCAGAAAAUGUGUUGGUGAACAUUCAAGAAUUGUUAUUUCCAGUGGACUUCCAUAUUUUGGAAAUACCUCCAAUUGACUCGGAUAGGCCAUCUUACAUCUUACUUGAAAGACUGCUCUUGAAGACAUCCCGGUUCAAGUUAGAUGCAUUUUUGGGAGCUUAUUCGUUUGAAGCCAAAGAAAAAGUGGUGAAGCUUACAUUGGAAGGAACCAUGAAACAACCACAUGAGGUAUAUUCUAUUUUUGGUUGUGAUCUUAUUGAAGAGAAGGUGAUCGAGGCUCAUUCCAGAAAAGAUGCGGAAGUGAUUGUCAAUAAGAGCUUGAACAUUAAAGGAUUGAGCAAAGAAGAUGAAGAAGCUCAACCAUUGCCUACCAAUAAAAAAGACAAGGAGCAUAUCUCCCCAUUGAAGGAGGAAAAAGCUAAGCAUACCAAGGAGUUGGAGAUUUUCCUCCUUGGAGAUGGCCCAAGAGUGGAUCAUUGA